AUGCUCCAUUUCUCUCGCCAUUGGCUUCACUUCGCCCACCAGGAAGUCAUCAGGCCCAACUGGGUUCUUUUCUAUCAAUCUAUCCACAGAUGCCGCGACGUGGAUGAGUUUCUUGCACUAUUGUGGCAGUGUAUUCAGCAGCAGCACGAUGGACUGUUUCUCUACGAUGCAAAGGAAGCUGCAGCUGCAGCAGCAGCUGCUGCGUCCGGCAGCAGCAGCAGCAGCAUCAAUGUGCAGUUGCAUGGAUUAAUUCAGGAGAUGCACGAAACAUGCACAUCCAUGGCGUCCAGAGCGGAGUUUCGCUUUGCUGCAGUAGCAGAGCAGCAGCUUCGGGGGCCUGAUGACCAAGAAGCAGCAUCAGAAGCCAUUGGCGGCAGCAGCAGCAGCAGCAUGAUCGUGGUAGAGGAGCAAAGACAGGCGUUUCGGCGGCAGAUGCUUCAGUUGCUCCAGCUGCUGGACUCAAAACAGAGCGAAGUCCGAGCAGCAGCAGCUGCUGCUGCACAGGCUGCCAGCAGCAGCAGCAGCAGAAGCCGCAUGCAGCUCGACCACUGCCUUGCGAUCAGGUCUCUGCGCCUGCGUUUGGACUUCAACGAUUUCUAUGAGCACCAAAGGCAAAUGAGUUCAGUGUCUGCGCAGCAGCAAACGCCGGACAGAGCUGGUACUCGCUUUCCCUCGCUGCUGCUUCAGCAGCAGCUUGCAGCAGCCUGCAACAAUAGCAGCAGCAGCACCAGCAACCCGUACAUGCCAGAUAAGAGAGCGGACGCCUUAGGGAGCAUGUCUCAACGCAGCAGCGAUGAAGCUGUGCAUGCAGCUUCUGGGGGCCCUGUAUUCAUGACGAAGCUGCAGCAGCAGCUGCUGCUGCAGCAGCAGCAGCAGCAACAGCAACAGCAAUUCGCCGAAGAGCUGACUCGGCCGCCCACGGCCUGUGAAGCUUCAGGGCCCCCGUCGCCGCUGCCGCUGGGGCAGAGGGCAGGAGCAGCAAGUGCGCAGUAG